AGAGAUGGGCGUCUCCUAUUGGAAGUAUAUAAUGGCAUCUCCUGGGGCGCGGUUUCAGAGCUGGUUGAGUUAGUGAGUGAGGUGCUGCUUGUGCGAGACUGCUUACAGUAAUCAUGUCGGAUAAGCCAGACUUGUCAGAGGUGGAGAAAUUUGAUCACCGCAAACUGCGCAAAACUAACACAGAGGAGAAGAAUACGUUGCCUUCGAAGGAAGUUAUUGAACAAGAGAAAGCGGCGGGUAAAGAUAAAUGUUGACCGGAACUACGUGCUCAGAUUUUUCAAAUUUCCUCUGGCGUCACUGGCUGUGGGACAUUCUAGCAAUUACAGACUAUAACCUCUGUCUGCAGAAUGAACUUGUUGUAAAAAUGGCAUAUACUGUUUAAAAAAUUAAAAUCACUUAUAUUUUC